AUGCCAGACUCAAUUCAUCACGAGUUCUACGAACCCAGCGUCCCCGAAAACGCUCUAACUAUACAGGGGAGCUCGUCCGGAUCCAAGUGGAUGAAUAACAUUCAUAAAGGUAAAGGCCGUCGAUCAUCGCAUACCUUCAUUGCCUUGAAUCCGCAGGACCCAUAUGAGCUUGGCGGUACACCCGUUGAGCAGCAUCAAAAUGCCAAGUCAGCUCAACAGGAAAUUUCGGAGCCUUAUCAAAUGAUCUCGGAGGCCACGGUGGGUCUAAUAGCUGCUCUCCAGAAGUUCAACUACGCCAACUUGACCUGCCGCCAGACCGAUAUCUGGCUGGGAGAGCAGGGCGUUCAAUUGGUAACAGCAGCUCAGCAGGCUCUCGGAAAGUUUCCACCUACCACAAAACCAGACCCUCUCUCUUACGACGGGUUCCUUCAGCUACUCAACGAUGAAGGACUAAUGUGGCUUUUGGGGUAUGUAGACCAACUAGACAGUAUGGCUGAUUUUUCCGUGGCACCCACCGCCGACCCCAACAAGAAACGAUGCAAAGUCGGGCAACCAAUUGGUAAGAUCUUGAAACAAGCUCAAAAUGAUGAUUUGGUGAAGAGGCUGUGCUGUUUGCACAAGGAUGAAGAAGGCUUUCACAUACAGGUCGAGCUCCAUCAUCGAGACCCUUGGACGUGCUGGCCGCCCAAUGUGGACCAGGAUGUGGAAGUGAAUGUAGUGUGA